UAAUUUUCUUCUCAAAGUCUCUCCUUCCUCCAUUAUCACUAUCUUAUCCGCAGAUUUUAUCAGAAAGCAAAUCAUCAAGUCUCAGUAGACGCACUGCUCGGAAAUGCCCACGCUGAAUUUGUUCACCAACGUCCCAGUUGAUGGCGUCGUCGCUUCUGAUAUCCUCAAAGAUGCUACCAAAGCUGUUGCCAAAAUUUUGGGCAAACCUGAAUCUUAUGUGAUGAUACUUGUGAAUGGCAGCGUGCCGAUUUCCUUCGGUGGGACUGAAGAGCCGGCUGGUUAUGGUGAAUUAAUCUCCAUUGGGGGUCUUGGCCCUAGUGUCAAUGCCAAACUCAGUGCAACCAUUGCAGAGAUUCUGCUAACCAAGUUGUCGAUUGAGAGCUCCAGAUUCUACAUCAAGUUUUAUGAUGUUCAGCGCCCGUUCUUUGGGUUCAAUGGCUCGACUUUCUGAUAUAUUACUGAGUUUUCGGUGCUUGGACGAGCAAUUAAAGCUUGUGGUAGUUGGAGUAGAAUAUUUUCCCCAUGGUACUAAUUCCAUAUCAUGCAUCUUCCAGUGCUCUAUGAUCCUUUGCAAGUUCAUGUAUCUCUUACUCUCUCUCUACAAUGGCAAGUGUUUCAACUAAAUUAAGGACCUGGUCUGUGGAAUGUGAUGGAGUUGGUGUUUGCCUCAAAGGAGAAAUGACAAUUCGAAAUUAGUUAUCACA